AUGACCGACACAUUGAUCACUCCAGAACUGGAACAAGUCAUCCGUCAAUUCGCAGAUGCAGCAUAUAUCCGAUAUCUGCAAAAUGCGCCCCUCUUAUCUCAUCUACCUACUAUGAUCCACCUGAACAUUCUAAAUGCUCUAGCCGGCAAUGCUUCGGUUCUUGGUCUUUCAAAGUCAUGGCUGCUUUGCGACUCUGUAUCUCCUUUGACCCAGCAUAGACCGCUCGAGCUCGCGUGCCCUCGUGUCCUGUUUCCCACGGUGCUACAACUGACCACUUCGCACCACCCAUGGGUGGAUUUGUUCCCUUUACCUCAACUCCGAGAUAACAUCCUCCGGGCAGCUUUACAAGACCCGCACUUUGAUGAAGAUGAGUUGUGGUUCGAUCUUCUGGAGACAAAGUGCGCUCCUGGUCGUGCUGAGAGUCCGUCGCUUCUGGUAUGGGGCGAACCUUGGGAUAUUUGGAAGUGGGAAGUCAAUAAUGAGUUUCUGAGGAAAUGGAGUCAUCUACUGGACGGAUGUACGACGUUGUUGGAGUCUACAAACAACUGGCGAAGAAGGAGAGGUGAGAGACCCAUCUCAUUCUCGUCAAAUGCAACUGAGAGCCGUCGAUGAUGUAGCGGUCUUGCAUUACUGCUACUGCUGGAGUGAACAUCAAUCGACGUCCUUCCGCAUGGCGACCAUGAACAGACGGUGUGC